AAUUGAUCAUGGAGAAAAAUAACCGUUCGAAGCAGAUCUCAAUAGUUCCGAAAAAUGCGUACGGAUUACGAACGGAUAUACAGGGCAAUGUGCAUUUUACGCUCAAGCAGGAAAUCAUCUAUCCGGUUGCGGGAGUGUUGGCCAUCCACGACUUUACCACCAACAAGCAGAAAUUUUUAAGAUUCCCUCAAAAUUGUCACCCGGAACGGAUCGUGCUUAGCCCCAACCGGAAGUUCAUUGCCGUCGUCGAAAGAACCAACGAUAACAAAUCGAUGGUAAACGUAUACGAGAUCGAAACGCUCCGGAAACGGAAAACCCUCCAACUUCCGGCCGACUGUCCGAACACGCAAAUCGGUAACGUCUGCUUCACGCAUGACUCUCGCGGAGUGGCGGUCCUGUCCGUCGAACCGGACGCCUUCCUCUCGAUCUUUUCGUUCGACAAGAACGAUUCGCUCAUCAUUGGCCGGGCGUCCAACUCGAGCCAGCAGGGCCAGGCCGUGUAUCUGUCCUGCAAUCCGAACGAUGCCACGAUUGUCGCAGUCGGUGGGUAUUACAUGCUCAAGAUUAUGAACCGUACCGAUAAGGGGUUUGGCCAGAUCGGUACGAUCAAAGGAGACGAUCUGUUGAUCACCUCCAUGACGUGGCUAUCGUCGGAUGUGCUGGCCGCCGGAACGGCUGAAACGGAAAUCAUCUUCGUCGAAUCGGGCGAGUUGAAGAUAAGGCAGCGGGCGGAUAUGAUCGAGACGGUGGAUCUGUCGGGGGAAGGAGAUACGGAUCUGGGUGCCACCACUUCGGCGGAAGUUGCAGGGCUGAAGCAUGAGGUGCUAUGUUUGACGCAGUUCGAGAAGGGUUUCCUGUACGCGAUCCAUAACGUGGUGCACGUGUUUGAGCGGGAAUCGAACUACAACUUUCGAAAAAAGUCCGUUAUAACAGUGCCGAUAAUGCUGUACGAUGAGAAGGAGUAUAAGAUCAUGAAUGUGGCGGUGAAUCAGGAACAGGACACGAUUGUGGUGGCGACAAUGCAUUCGCAGCUUUACAUCGGGAUGCUGAUUGUGCCCGAGACGCUGAAGGUUAGUGAGCUAUUGUUUCAGAAUCUGGGCGAACCACUGCAUAUAAGCGGUAUUAUCGGCAUGGCUGUGUGUUCCUGGAAGCCGAUCGUACUCACAGCAUCUCGCGACUUGACGAUCCGUGUCUGGAACUACGAAACGAUGAAGGUGGAACUGGUCAAAAAGUAUCAGAUCGAGAUUGGUGUGAUCGCCUUACAUCCUUCCGGAUUCUUUGCAGCCGUUGGCUUUAUCGAUCUGCUCCGACUGCUUCAAAUCCAACUCGACGACCUGAAGGAAACAAAGAGCUUCAAUCUGGCCAGCUGUACUCAGCUUCAGUUCUCCAACCAAGGACACCUGCUGGCUGCUGCCCACGGGAAAAUGAUCACACUCAUCUGUAUCUUCACAUUCGAAGUGGUCCAAAAUUUGAAAGGGCACAAUGGUAGCAUUCUUAGCUUGGCAUGGUCUACCGAUGAUGCUGUACUAGUGUCCGGAGGUAAUGAUGGAGCGAUCUACAAGUGGAACGUGGUGACGGGUGAGCGGCUGGAGGAGGUCGUACAGAAGGGCAUCCAGUAUCGUUCGAUUGCGCUAACCAGUGAUGCACACUCGGUGUACUCCAUCACCAAUACUGGGCUGAUCCGUGAAGUUGCUAAGUCGGAUAUUGCACGAGAGUUCAAAAUCCCCGAGCUGACACCGCUCACCGAUAUGGCUUUGGCUCGUUCCGAUGCGAUCUUGUUCGUGGGAAGCGUCAAGGGUCACCUCUACAACGUCCAGGUCCCGCUGGUCGACACAAGCAGUGGAAAUUGUACCAACUUUCGCUUCUUCAACACCAAAGUGACAAAGAUCUGCAUCACGUACGACGAUUGCACGCUAAUAACGGCGGCGGAUGAUGGAACGCUCAUCAUCUGGCGCAUUCUCAACAACGAAGGUAAAACGGCUCGCAGUGCUCCAGAACUCGGCAAAUGUUCGGAUGUACUGAUCGCACGGCAAGAACUGAUCGAGAAGAACGAAUCCAUCAACACGCUGGAGAUGCGCAUCCAGCAACAAAGCAUGGAGUUUCAGUACAAGAUGAAGCAGGGUGAUGCGUUUCAUUCGGAGCAGAUGCGUGACAUCCACAAAGAUUAUUGUGCUGCCAUCGAGAACCUUAAGAAAAAGAACAUAGAGAUGGAGCAGGCCCACACGGAAGAGUUCAAUUUGAUCACGGCCAGCAUAGCGCAAGGGAAGGAAGACCACCAAAAGGAGAUGAUGGACUUUGAGGCACAGUUCCACGAGAAGAUCAUCCUCGAGUAUGAUAAGCUGACGAGCAUGAAGAACAAGAUGGACGCGAUGCGGGAGGAGUACGAGGUGAAGUUGCGUCGCUCGGCAGGAUGUUUGCAGGACACUAUAGAAUCAAUGGAAGCAGACCAAAAACGACUCUUGAACGAGAAGCAAGAGAUCAUUGACAAUAUGUUGAAGGAGAUGGAUCGUAAGCGAGCGGAAUUUGACGAAUAUUGCCGGCAAGUAGACGUCGACAACGAUCGACACAAGGUGGAGCUGCAACUUCAGUACGAAAAGAAGCUCCAAGAGGAGGAGGAAAAUUCGAUCAAAUGGCGGGGCGAGGCAGGCGUUCUCAAGAAGAAAUUUUCCACUCUAAGCCGUGAGGCAGAAGCAUACCGCAAGGAGAUUGAAACGAUGCAAGCCCAGCACGGAAAGUUCCAGCAAAGCAUCCGUGAGCUGCAGCGCGAAAUAGACAGACUCCGCAAAGAACUCGCCGAACGUGACGGUACAAUCCGCGACAAAGAUCGGAAGGUGUUUGAGCUGGGAAAGAAAAACUCCGAGCUAGAAAAGUACAAACAAGUCCUUUCGAUGAAAAUAACUGAACUGAAGGCACAGAUAGAACCGAAAGAGCGCGAAAUCAAGGAGAAGAAAGAGUUCAUUCUCGAGAUGGAGAAAAAGCUGGAAGAACUGCAGCAAAACAAUAAACAGUACGAGCUGCAGCUACAGGAAUUUCGCGACAAGUACUGUGGUAUCGAUCUGGAGUUGCGUCGCGAACGGAAUCGGUUCCGCGCCUCCAAAGCACAGUACCAACGGCUGUGCGGUGAAAUUUACAACGUGUCCGGGUUAAUUCAACGCCCAGAACAACUGAAACGCAGCGUCAAGGAUCUCUGCCAUCGAUACUCGAAUGAUAAAGAGCUUCAAAAGUCCCUCGCACUCGACGAAGACGUUCAGAACGAAUUUUUACGACAACGGGAAUAUCUCGAACGCUUAACCAAGAGCGCCAAACAGAAGGCUUCCAGUCAGCGUAAGGAUGCGGGAGAAUCUUUAAAGCUAAAGAAGGAAAACAUGGAGCUCCUGGCGGAGUUGAACAUGCUGCGUGAAAUGCUGAAUGAGAAACAGCGGGAUUGUACCCGAAUGGAAGCACUGUUGGGGCUGUCCAGUAAGGCGAUCUCACCAAGGCAAGCGAAAGAAAAGCUGGAGAAGGCAGUUGCGGAUCGCGAUGCACUAGAAGCCCAUCACCGCGAACAGCUGACCAAAUUGGAGGAAAUGGUACGCGCCCUAGCGAACGAGAAUCAAACGUUGCGUGCGGAAAUGAUUGCUCAAGCAUCCCGUAAACCGACUGCACCACCAACUACUCCUUGUAACAACUAA